AGAGAAAUAGAAUUAAUUGGAAAGAAUUAGAGAAAAAUAGAGAGAAACAGAAAUAGAAUUAUCAAUGCAUCAACUUUUGUAAUUAUCAACAAUCAAAAACCUAUGUCAGACUAUGUCAGAUUUCCUAGACUACGCGCACGGAGAGAAUAAUUAUGGGCUUGCGCAGAUCGUUCAAUGGGGGUGGGGGUAGUUGGCUAAGGAGAAAUAAAGCCCAGAGCCCAGCCGGUGAAUGCGGCCACGGAUUGCGAAAUUUUCCUGGUCUAUUUCGUUCUCCCGGUUAAUGGUAGAAUCUCCAUCCGAGUCAAUUUGCUUCUUCUUGUAGUGAAUACAUUGGAACAUCGACAGCUACUUGCGACGUUUUCCUGGAUGCUGAGGCAUGCGCCCUAAAAACUUUGGAAUUGAUGUAUUGCAGAGCGCAGAUCUGCAUUUAUUACCUGCUGUGGAUAGUGACGUUGAGUUUAAAAUUUACUUUAGAACAAGAAACUACUACCGCAAAAAAUUGGGAUUGCUCUGCAGAAUGUAUUUGUCUUUCUCCGAAACAGGUUCUCUGCAAUACAGGUGGGCUAAAAGAUAUUCCCACCCAACAGUUACCUCAAACAAUAGAGGAACUUUCCUUAACAAAGAACAAUUUUCCAAUAAUAAAAGGAGAUGCAUUUGCUGGCUUAAAACUAUUACGGAAACUAACGAUGGAUGGUAAUAAUAUAUCGACAAUACGUCCGUUCGCAUUUCGAGGUUUAAAUAAAUUGCGCGAACUUUCUAUUCAGCACACACCUUUACCAUUCAUCGAAAAAUUUUCGUUCGCAACUUUACAAAACGUAUCAGUAUUAUUAUUGGCAAAUAAUAAAAUACGAUAUAUCGAGGGUUAUUCAUUUGCCGGUACAUCCAACAUUCGUGUAAUACUAUUGAGCAAUAACCCAUUACUCAGAAUCCAGAGUCAUGCAUUUUCAGGUGUAACAAAUAUAGUUCGCUUAAUAUUUCCGUCAGGAAUAAGAACUAUUGAACCAGAUGCAUUCGAUGGCUUACAACAUGUUGGACUUUUAAAAUUAACUUAUAUGGACUUGUCUUCCCUGCAAUCUUAUACAUUCCGUGGCUUAUCCUAUGUGCACUCAUUGAAUAUUCAGGAAAGUGACUUGGGCAUCGUUGAGAAGGACGCCUUCACUGGACUUGCUCAUGUUGAUAGACUGAAUAUAUUAAAUAACAAAAUCGAUCUAAUCGAAAAAUUGUUUCUACGAUAUGAAAAUAGUAUAGAAAUGUUGAGAUUUCAUGGAAAUCAUGUUUUAGAGGCACCUCAUCAUGCCAAAGACAUUAAUUUAGAAGUGAGCUCUAUUAGCGCUAUCGAUAACCAUUUUCCUUGUGACUGUCAGGCUCACAAUGUAUUAGAAAGCGAUUUUGUCAAUGGAACUAUUACCGAGUUUCAGAAAAAGAAUUAUUGUAUUUCUCCAAUUGAAUACAAUGGAAAACCAAUGAACUUUGUAGAUUUUGGCCUAAUUGCCAAAUGUCACGAUAAUGUCGUCCAAGAUAAUCUGGGUUCUGGAGUUGUUGGAAUUUUUACACUGCCAAUCACUUUGUUUCUCAUUCUUUUAUUCUCCAUGAAUUUCUUUCAGUAGAUUAAGAUUUAUAAGAUUCAGAUGCAUAUCGUU